CCCUUGUUUACCGCUAACUGCAUCGUCCCGUCGCCGCCAUGGCUGACGUUGCCAAUGGUGCUUCCAACGGCGCGCAGGUCGACCCACAUCAUGAAUCGUAUGGAGACAUCCAUCCUCCAGUGAAGGCGAAGAAUGUCGAGGAGCUUCACUCACUGCAGAAGGCGUCGUCGUCUGAGAAGGUACCUCCUCCUGCGCAAUCGAUCGGCAAGUCGCUUGCUUCCGUCUCCAAGGGCAAAGGGGUUUGUCAUCAGUCUCGACCGGAUCUUAGUGACACGGAUCUGAAGGUUGCUCAUGUGCUUUACAACCUGUCUCCCGCGGAGCUGUACGAGGAGGCGAUCAAGUACGAGCAGGGGUCGCACAUCACGUCCACCGGCGCGCUGGCCACUCUUUCUGGAGCCAAGACCGGUCGUUCUCCGAAGGACAAGCGCGUGGUGAAGGAGGAUGAGACGUCUGCUGACCUCUGGUGGGGAGAGGGGUCGCCCAACAUUGAGAUGGACGAGGAGACGUUCUUGRUUAACCGGGAGAGAGCUGUGGAUUACCUCAACUCGUUGGACAAGGUGUACGUGAACGACCAGUUYCUCAACUGGGACCCGAAGAACAGAAUCAAGGUGCGCAUCAUCACGGCRCGGCCGUACCACUCGUUGUUCAUGCGCAAUAUGUGCAUUCGGCCGACGCCCGAGGAGUUGGAGGAUUUCGAGCCGGAGUUCACCAUCUACAAUGGCGGGCGGUUCCCGGCCAACCGCUUCACGCACUACAUGACGUCGUCAACCAGCAUCGACAUCCAUCUAAAGAGGCGGGAGAUGGUCAUUCUGGGCUCGCAGUACGCCGGAAGCUACGGCACGGGGUACAGGAUGAAGCUGCCGCACACGCGCAAGAUCAUCGAUGCCAUUCACGACGGGUCGCUCCUGCAGGCCAAGUACACGGCGACGGACGUGUUCAAUCUCGCCGUCCCUGAUCAUGUCGAGGGUGUGCCUGACGAGGUUCUGAUGCCGCAGAACAUGUGGGCGGACAAGGAGCURUWUAACACCACUCUGAAGAAGGUUGGCGGGCUGUUCAAGGCGAACUUCAAAAAGUUCGAGGACUACACCGUUGGAGGGGACAAGAAGCUGACGGAGGAGAUUCUUUCGGCCGGACCGCAGCUGUGAGCAGGCAUGAAGAUCGGGGUAUCUCAAAUGUUAUGUGAUGAGUUCGAAUGAAGAGUGUGUCCUAUG